AGUCGAUGGAGCUUAGCUUUGCCUGCCUGUAUGGAGUAGCUGCUACUUCUACUAAAGUUGCUGGGCUGGACUGGGCGAGCAGAUUUCAUCUCCUGUCCUGGCCUCCUGGUGUUGCGGAAUCCACCCUGCACUACUCUCUUCUCUCUCCACCCUCACACUCCACCCUCCCCUCCGUACCUGACGGGUGAUGCUCCACCAAAGAGCCACAUGCACUGCACUGCACGCAAGUCCAGACAGGCUGCUCCUCAUGGGCUCUCAUGGGCUCUCAUGGGCGGUCCUGGUCGCUCCUGCUCCCUCCUGCUCUCCUGGUCUAUCCUGGGCUCUCCACUUGUUAUGUACAAAAACGGUGUUGUCCUCUGACACGGACUCCACCCAAGACCACCACGCUUCCGGAGAACGAACUGCAGGUGGAGCUGUCGAAGAUAGGCCCGUCACGCUGCAAAGUCCCUGGCCGAGGAUCCCUUCAUAAGGACUUCGUCGUCCAUGGUGCAUUUCGACUUUUAGUCAGGAUUGCUGCUGUAUUGCUACGAGUAUUGCCAUUGACAUUGCCAUUGCUUCGCUUUGCUGUUUUUAGUGAUCGCUUUCGUUCUUGCUAUUCAUCCACCAUCCAUUGCAAUUGCCAUCAUUGCCCUUUCUACUCACAGUACUCUUAACUCACUUCCACCAUCUUACCUUUACCAGCGCCACUUACCCGCACUCGACUCGUGUGAUUCUAUAUCAUCACACAUACACACUCUUUACUUUGCUCUCUGCUCUUCACUAUCCACCCAUUUAUCCCAACGUCUCAACGAGACACACCAGUCAAGGCGUACAUUGUACAUACUUCACCACCAGCAAAGCUACACUAAGCAACCUCCUCCACACCCCAAUAAUCUUCCGCUUGUACACAGACCGUUCUGCCAGAGCUUGUUCCUGUCCGCUUCGACCUUCCAGCUACUCCAGAUACACUUCCACUUCCCGCGUCUAAAAAGUCAUUCUACUACUGCUCUCCCGCCACUACGAAUCGUCUGCUACAACUGACAAGAAUGGUCCCUGUUUCGAACUCUUAACCACCCGGCAGACCAACACUUGGACUGAAAGUCGAAACAACUUGUUGAACUAACUCGGCUCCACCAAUUCUCCUACCCGCUGCCGAGAACCUUUCUUCUCCUUCGCCGUUCACCCACGCUUGCUAGGCCUUCCACCCCACAGCCACUCGCAUCAAAAAGAUUAAAACCAGGGACAACGUUAGUCAAAAGGCAAUAUACUGCCCAGUGAUCGUGCGCCCCGCCUUACCCUGUUGAGUGACAAGGAAAUAUCUCAAGAGUAUGUAAACAGCCCUCCUCCCUUCACCAACCAGCUUUGUCAGUCCUGAUCCUGACCUGCUUCAGAUCUCCCUCAGCCUUAGUGAUCUCACAGGCCCUUGGGCUUAUAUACUCGUCAGGCCCCAAGCACUCGCACAGAUCUGAACAUCAGAAGAACUAUUUGCUCGCGCCCCUUCUACUUCCACCUUGCAAACCGACAUACCAUACUGUCUACCAAAUUUGACUCUUGCCGUGCACCUACCUGUCUCAGCAUCUAAUUUGAUCCUUCACUCGCCUGCUAUUCAGUCCAUCUGGAGAACCAGCUACAACCAAAUAUCACUCACUCAGUCGAGCAAGAAAUAUCCGCCAAGAUGGACGUUAUGGAAUUGGUGGAGAACGAACCCAACGCACGCCCGUUCCAGUGUGACUGGCAAACAUGUACCAAGGUUUGUAGUACUGCCAUAGGACACUGAGACCUGCCACUGACUUUACUACAGAGCUUCAACAGAAAAUCAGAUCUCCAAAGACAUUAUCGAAUUCAUACAAAUGAGCGACCCUACUCAUGUAUGACACCGGGAUGUGGAAAAAGCUUCAUUCAGCGAAGUGCGUUGACAGUUCACAUUCGAACUCAUACAGGCGAGAAGCCACAUCAAUGCCAGCAUAUUGGGUGUGGAAAGCGAUUUUCAGAUGUGAGUAAAGUUGAAGGUUUAAAUUAAGCUUGUGAUAUUAAUCUGAUCUAGUCAUCGAGUCUUGCAAGACAUCGUCGUAUUCAUACUGGAAAGCGCCCAUAUAAAUGCGCCCACGAAGGCUGCUUGAAAAGGUGAGUUGAGGUUGUGAAUUUAGGCUAAAUUACUCUGCUAAUAGCAUCCCUAGCUUUUGCCGAAAGACAACGAUGGUCAAACACCAACGACGCUCACACCAACGAGGAGUCCACUCAUCUGAGAUGGAAGAUGGCGAGACUUCUGAUUCCGACUCGGGGGAGUCUCCUUCCACACCCCAACACCCAGGACAAGUUCAUUGGCCUCAGGCUGUUGGUGUAUCUCACCACUCAGUGAUGCCCCACGGUGCCCAAAUUCAUCGUGCUCACUCCUUUGCCGACUUUGGUCAUCACCAAAUUAACGAAUAUCCACUGCCUCCAAAUUACGGCGCUCACCGACACAGUCUCUCGGGCGGACCUCAGUACGGCAAUGGCUCGAUACCAGAACAACAUGCACACCCGAACCCUAUGAUGCACCGAGCUCCAAGUCUGCCCGCUCAUGCUUCCUAUUACGUUCCUGAGCAGAACAACCCAGGAGUCGCGACAUUAAAUACCAACCCGCCACCAAUUCAAACUUAUGGAAUUCCACGUCAGCCUCUAGAACACUCACACGAGGCCCUUCAAAGCAGUCCUAGCAGCUACUCGUCCGCCUCGAGGUCAAGUCCAGUCUCACAAGACCCGUACUACACACACCAAUCAGCUCAAGCAGCCACAUACGCCUUGCACAACUCAUCACCCAUCGAGCAACAACAGCCGAUUAUGCACUAUCAGCUACCGCAGCAAUCGCAAAUAGGACCCAUGCCGGUCACUGCCCCUCAAUCCGCCCACUCUCAAGAGCACUAUCAUCCAGCACCUUCACACGACGGCCAAUGGUAUGACAGCGUAAAGUACGAGAAUGUGAAGUAUGACAACGUCGGUUACCAACCCCCAGUAGAAGUCAUCAGUGCUGUUCAAGGCUUCCCUCAUAACACGGUCUUCCAAAAUCCAUGGAUUCAAAAGAUCGAGUCCUUCGAUGACCCCUCGUUACAAAUGCCUAGUGCGCGUAUCGAGAACCUUUAAAGGUACUUGCUUAUCGGUAAACCCUCCUCAGACUUGUACAGUCUCGACAUCUCCGAAAACAUUUUCGUAAUUUCUUGUUCUUGAAUAAUCGGCAACGUUAUACCCCCGGGACAAUGUGGGACUCAACAGAACCACCACCUUCCAUUAAUCCACCAUAUCAUAUUUUUAUUAUCAUUACUGGAAAAGGCAUAUCUUUUCCCGAAUGCAUCGUCCACCGACUAGUCAACCAACAAUCCCCAUUCCGUUGUCUCCUGUGUACCAUCUCUAACCAACAUCAUCAUCUCACGAUAUCUAUCGAUACCCACUAAAUAAACGCCUUUUUAAAAGCGACAAACGAGCACUCCGAUCAACGUACCGAGUCUAUUCUCUCUCCACCACACCCGAUAUCUUCGAAGCUUUAAUGGCGGUUUCUCGUCUUGAUCCGACUGGGUUUCUUACCUCUCUCAACAACCGUCUUGUUCAUUCCUUUUAGCAUCUCUAUCUCUCUUUCACCAUAUAUCUAUCUAAUCUUAUGUAAUGUUGACGUUAUUUGGGGAGAAGCUGUCCGUAUAUAUUUAAUGAGGUUGCAUAUUCUCUAAAGAUAACGAGUUCCCGUUUACGAGAAUGGGAAUGACUCUCAAGACGCAAGAGGAGUUUUUUUUUGCUUAUCAAUCGCCUUUCGUUUUUGUAUCUAUUAUAUGGCCAGCCUUUCACGUCUGCAUUGGGGAAGGAAAAUUUCCUAUCUUUUUUUUUGUUUUGUUUCUUUUGUUGAUAGCUUCUUUUGCAACCGGGUAGGAGUCUGGGGAGAAAUCUGUACUUGUGUAACAUCACGCAUCAAUUCUUUUUUAUAACUCUCUCAUUAUUUAAAAAGGAGGAGAAGGUGGAUAGGAGAACGAUAGGAUGGGUAUAUAUAGCUCUGUAAUUCUAGUGGAUAUAAGUAAAUACAUACAAAUUAAAAAUAUCACAUCGC